CGUAGCGAGAUCUGUGAUUUUUUUUUAAUGUCAAAACUAAUGUAUGCCUUACAAGUAUUACAUUGUAGCCGUUCAAAAGUACAAGCUUUCCACAGAAUUUUUGCGACCUUCAUCUGGAGCUCACCUUGGGAACGGAUGAAGCGUGACAACUUAUUCCUUUCGUUGGAAACUGGCGGCUUAGGUCUGGCACAUUUAUUCAUUCGACAGCUCGUUUCGCGACUAUUUUUCUUUAGGAAUUUAUCCCAUCCUUUUCUGCUUACCGUAGUUCAAAGAAAACUAGCACAUCACUUGCCCUUCAUGAUCAUUUCAACAACAAAUUCUACCCCAGGCAAACUCUGGGGAUUUUGGAAGGAGAUAGUCGAUACCUUCAUGUUUCUAAAAGUCCGCUUCUCGCUAGAAUUCCUUUUUGAGGUAUCAAGAAGAAGACUAUCACAAGCCCUAAUUGAAAGUGUCUUUCCUGUUCCCCUAUACAGAACACGGUUUAGCGAUUGUGAAGGACGCAAUGUUAUAAAACGAGUGAAACGAAUGUGCGUAUCUCCAAGUGCUAAAACAUUUUUCUUUAAGUUGCACACAUCAACGCUUCCAGUAAAAUGGUGGCUCCAAGAGCGUGGUUUUUUCGUACCGUGGUCGGUUGAUUGUCGUUUAUGCCACCGACCAGAAACCAUAGAACAUUGCUUUAUCUACUGUACAGAUGCAGUUUUCUUCUGGGAUGUCCUUCAACGAACUCUUAAAAAGGACAUAGACUUUACAGACCAUAGUAUUCGCUUUCUAUACGUCCCCACCGAAACAAACAUUCCUUAUGAUUUAUUCAUGCUGAUAGGCCUACACAGCCUCUGGAGAUGCCGGAUGAUUGACAGGAAUGCAGACACACCACGAACCACUAAAUCCAUUUUUCUAGAAGAAAUAUCUAAAGUAAGAAGUGUUUAUGAAGCUCACCAACCGGUGCCUGACUGGUUUCCUCUUUUUGAUGCGUGCUUAAGACUUCCAGAUUUUCAAUAUCUGGAAAUGUUUGAGACUAUUGCGUACCUGAAACGUUGUUUGUUAAUGUUUGUGAAGUGCCAUGAGUGA